AUGGGGGGCACCGCGGCCAGGACACCGGUAUCGGAGGGGUGGGGGGGGCACGCCGGCGGCGGGAUGGUGUCCACGGCCAUGAUACCUCUAAAGCGGGCUCGCCUCAGCCCCUCGCCGGCUACGGGACUGAUCGGGUUGAAGGAGAACGCGUACAUCGGCGACUUCUUCCAGACCAUGGGCUUCUUGCCCAUCACAAGCGAGAGCUUCAUCCGUAAGGCCAUGGUGAGCACCAUGUUCCGCACCAUGCAGGAGCGCGACCCGGAGUUCCCAGGGCCUGAAGCAGGAGGCGUUGUUGGCGGCGGCCACGGGUGGGGAGAAAGCGCACUGGUGCCAGGUGGUGGUGGUGGUGGCGGCCUGGUACGGGCAGAGAGUGCCGUCGAGAACGCGGCGGCGGCGUGCGUGCUGUGGAGUACUGUCGGGGUGGGGUGCUUGAUUCGAGGGCGGCCCAAGUCCUCGGUGGAGGGAUACGUCCACCUUGCUCGGGAGGCGCUGUCAGUCUGCUUCGACGAUGGUACCGCGGAGACGGCUAGGGCAUUCACGGCGAUGGCGCUCUUUCAAGACUUCAUGGGCAACGAGGACAAGUUCAUCAAGUACAUCGACUUCGCCAAGUCGAUCAUCAACGCUCUGCCCCCGGAAAAGGUCCCGGCGGACCUCCUGGAUACGCACCUGUUCGUCAAGGCCUGCGACAUGCUGGAGGGGUACAGCCACCAGGUCGACGAGGAGUAUAUCAAGGCUGCCAGUGGGACCCUCGAAUCCUGCGCGAUGGCUAAGGAGCCGAGGCUCAUCCAUCAGAAGGACUUGUGCCGCUGGCUGCUCAAGGCGGACAUCCGCCUCACCGCUUGCUUCUCGGUGGACAUGCUGGACAAGGGGGCGUUCAACGAAGACAGCAGCGACGUCGGAAGCCUCAGAAGCUUCGAUCAGUCCACGGAGCCCCCUCCGCCGGGAGAGAUGAGCCUCAAGUUCGCGGCGGAGUUGCUGCCGGAGUGCGACCUGAUGGUUCAUGCCACACAGACGCCCGAGGUGAAGGGAGGCGUUGGCGAGCUCUACUUCCACAGCAUCAUGGCCUACGCCAACGUGCUGCAGGGGCGGCAAUCGUGGGCUAUGGAUGGCCUGUGGCGCUGCGCGGACAUCUUCUUGACUAGCCCCGGGAUUUGCCGCCUGACUGCGUGGACGCACUUGGCCCACUGCACCCUCGCGUGCCUGCUGCUGUCCGGCCGCCACGAAAAGUACGAGAGCCUGCGGCAAGCGUACAACUCCGUGAUGGACGAACCUAGCGCCGUAAGGGUCCCGCCUGCGGAGGAGUGGACAGGCAUGGAGUGCAUCUGCAAGCACGUGUUCUGCAGGUCUCUGUACUGUUUCUUCAUGACCAUCGUGCUCCCACAGCGAGAAAAGGAUACCCUGGCGGAGUCCGUGGACACAGCCUUCACCUCCUCAAUCGGGGACGAGUCGAAGCCGCCCCCCCCCCACGUGACGUCACCGGGGGCGCCGGCGAAUCGCGUGAAAGAGGAGCAUGUACAGAGGAAGGGGUGUGUCCCAUUGCAACUGGCCCAAGGUAACGUUGCUGCGGCUGCCGGUGGUGCUGGAGCGGGUGCUGGUGCUGCCGGUCGAGGAGAAGAAGUGAUCGCUGGGCUCGAGCUGUUGGUUGCCUCGGAGCUCGACGGCACGGAUGACGCUGGCCUCCUUGAUGCGUUCGACGAGCUUCUGGGGGAGGACGUCUUGAACGGCUUCGGGCAGGAUGGUGAUAACGACACCGACGCGAUUAUGCUUCCGUUUUUCGAGGGGAAGCCUUAGAGGGGGGCGCGGCGGACGGGAGCGGGGGGGGGGGGGGUCGUCUAUGUACGCGUCGUUGGGUGUUUUGCCAUUAGACAUACAUCCUCCUAGAGGCACCUCGAGCGCUCUCUGUGUAGCUACGGGAAGGGUGUUCGGUUACAGGCUGUGGUGUUAUCAGGAUUUGGUACUGUAUUUUAUCAGGAUUUGCUAUGUACUGUAGUUGAGUGCGCAUGUGCAACAACGCCCCUUCUUUUGUUUCGGUCUCUUCAAUCGUGUUUUGCUUCCUUGCCUUGUCGCCGUGUGCUUACGGUCUCGAUUAUGAAUGGUCGUUGUCUUACCCGUGUCUCGGUUAUUGUCUUGAUAGUGUGUGCUUCUUGUCUCACUCGAGUUUUGCUCACUACCUUGAUCAUGGUGUGUGUUUUAAUCGUGUCUUGCGUGUUGUCUUUAUCGUGUUCGGCAUGACCGCAGUUGAUGGUAAGCGGUUGGUGCGUAUCCGCGGCGAUCAUGUCUCAGGUUGAAUUUCUGUCACUGCAGAGCGCCCCAGCCGUACAUGAAACAGAAGCGGAUGCUUGGGGUUGCCGUGAGGUAGGCACGUUUGAUCUGGACGUCUUCCGUAUGCGUCCCCGAUUUUCGCUGCUGAGACCCCCGUGUACAUAGCAAGGGCAUAGCAACCGAACGGUCUGUGUCCCUUGCAGUUGGGAUAGAAGACUUUUGUUGGUCGUUUGCUCACCAUAAAUUGGUUUCGUCGCCAAACAGUGUAGAAAUUUUGGAUUUAUUUAUGUGUGGGGGGCCGUGUUUGGAGCGUCGAUGUACCGCCAUCACGUAUCGGUGGGCCGUGGUUGCCGAAGGGGCUGCCCUCUUUCCUUUGCUGUCGGUGUACGGGCAUGCAGUCAUAUGCCGUAACGCCGGCUCGCCCCCCAUGGCAAGUAUUUCCUCGGUCCCAGGUUGAGUGAUGCUGUGGCCGCUUGCUAGAGCACGAAAAUUUUGUUGAAAAACUUUUAACCCCUUUGGGUCUAGGCUGGACUGUCAGAUUUUUUUUUUUGCGCCAAAAAAAAAAAAAUGAGAGCGAGAGCGAGCGGGAGAGAGAGAAGUGCAGAGAAAGACACCAGUGUACUUCUGCACACGCAACAACUAUCUCCCCCUGUAGGCCAUGAGAGAAGCCGGCGACAGGGUGGUGGCCACAGACAGGGUCGUAGAAGGGUUGGUGGGUGGUCGCGCUGCGGUCAGUAGGGCAGGUUAGCUGUGUAGCCUUUGAAAUGAUCAGUCGUCUAGCUGCCUCAACUAGUCUAUUUUCGGUAUAUUGUAAAUGAUCAGUCCAGAGAGGGCAAAAUG